AUGGAAACGAGUGAAACAAGCUGGUGCUCAGUCGGUUCUGAGCGAAGCUUCGCUGUAAUAGUUGCUGUGGUACCCGAAUCGUCGAUAAAACGAGUUAAUUCAGCAAUGAGUGUGAUUCCGAAUGGAGAUGUACGAAGAGACCGUGUCAAGGUUGAUGAUGACUUCGGUUUCGACGUGGAACUUUUCACAGUGCCGCGGCAAUACGAAGGAGAUUUGUCCAAGGUUCUUAUUCCAUCCGGGCUGAUUGCGGACCGUGUCGAAAAGGUGGCCUCUGAUAUUUGGCACGACUACACUCGGAGUUCCGAUCCGGAGUCUGCUGAAAGCCAUGAGCUCGUUGCAUUGUGUGUGCUAAAAGGCGGCCACAACUUUUUCGGGAAGCUCAAAGCGCAGAUUGCGACCAUGAACAAGUUUUCGAGGAGCGAUGCGUUGAGGGUUGAAGAAGAGUUCAUUAGGAUCAAGAGUUAUGUGAAUGAAUCCAGCGGAGAAGUUAGAUUGCUGGAUCCAGAAUCCUUGAAAACUGUAACCGGAAGAGAUGUGUUGGUGGUAGAAGACAUUGUUGAUACCGGACGAACAAUGGAGAAGCUAUUGGCAGAGAUCAAAGCUUGUAAUCCUUCGUCGGUGCGAGUCGCGAGUUUGUUGGUCAAACGGAGAGACGGAAAUCUUCCGUCUUAUAUUCCGGACUACACGUGCUUCGAAGUUCCGGAUCAUUUCGUCGUCGGAUGUGGCCUUGAUUACAACGAAGUAUUCCGAGAUUUGAAUGCCUUCGAUGCUAACUGUGACAUUUCUGCUCUGUCUUGUGGACACGUCUAUCAUUCCGAGUGUAUUUUGGACUGGAUGGAAGAAAAACGCAACUGCCCGAAAUGUCGCAGAACGGCGUCCUCUACAAGUGUGCUGAAACUUUAUUUCGAGAUGGCUGAUGAUGAGCAAGUCUCAUCUGUACUCUCAGAAGAAGACACUACAGUAAGCAGCAGUAGAACAUCUGACGACGUUGAUCAGGAAAUCCAGAAAAUAACUACGUUUAUUGAGCGAGAGAAGGGCGCAUUGUCAACGAAAAUCAAGACCUUGAAGGAAAAAAAUGCGGCAUUGAAGCGAAAACUGGAGCGUGCUAAAUCGCAGCGAAACACAUUGCGUGGAACUGUGCUGUCUUUGCGACAAGAGCGGGAUUCUCUUCGUCAGCGAGUUCGCACCUUCGGUAAGACGUAUCUGGAAGCCAUAGACCGAUUGAAACGAGCCGAAAAGAGACGCGAGGGACACAAGAUGGAUGCCGUGCUUUCGGUUGACGCAGUUGUUGGAGACCAGGCUUUUAAGAAGAAGUCGUGUGAUGAAGAGAAAGCUGUCGAAGGGGGAAAAACCAACCGAAACAAGAAACUUAUUCUUCGCAUUUUCUCAAAGAUCAAAGCUAUGUCAUUAACGUUCGUGAAGAUCCUGCUCGUGAUCAUCGGUUGCAUGUGCACCGUGGAAACGCGAGAACCUGACCCGCCGAAGUUUGCGUGUCCAUCCGAGAAGAGUUUUUUAAUUCACCCGUGCAAGUGUGACAGAGGUGGAGAUAAGGGCAUUUUUAUAUCUUGUACGGACACAAAUCUGGCGACCAUAUCUAUUGGACUUCAAAACAUUCGCAAGCCAGUGGAGGUGUUGCGUAUUGAACGCCUGCAUGCUGAAGUGUUAUAUGGUGACUUGUUCAGCAAGUUGCGUGUGGUUACGAUAGAGAUCUUAGAUUCCGAUGUGCGGAAGCUCGUUGGACAGGAUCUUUUCCACGGAGUGAAUCGUACCUUGGAGGUUUUACGGAUCAUCAAUACCCAAUUGACGGAUUUUCCUUCGGAUGCCUUCAGUGUGCUCUCUCGUCUGAGAGUGCUUCAAAUUCACGGCGGAAAUCUUUCAAAAAUUCCAUCCGAUGCAUUUCAAGGGCUGCCUGAACUGGAAGAUCUUGCUCUGUCUAACCAAGGAUUAGUGGAUAUCGAGAAAGAAGCCUUUUCAGGAGAUACGUUCGCCGAACUCACCAAGCUUACUUGGUGUAAUGUUUCGCACAAUGCGUUACGUGAUCUCGGCCGUGGCGUAUUUGCGAGGAACACGCUUCUUCGUGUUCUCAAUAUGGAGCACAACAAAAUCAAAAAGAUAGGGUCAAACGAUUUGCGGACCAUGAGAUUCAUCCGUAGAUUAUAUUUGAGUGAUAAUGACAUUUCCGAAAUCGGAGCAGCAGCCUUCGGUCCGAUUGGACGGAUAGGCACGAUCGGUUUAGCGAGGAACAAAAUUAAAGCUCUUCCGUUUAAGGCGUUCAGUGAGCUCAAGUAUUUGGAAGAAGUUGAUCUGAGUGGAAAUGAACUACAAGUACUUCCUGCAUCAACAUUCAUCGAAGUUACGAAUGUUGUGAUAAAUGCUAGCUACAAUGAGAUAAACGACAUCGAAAACGGAGCAUUUCAGGAUUGUUACAACAUAUCCGUGCUCGACUUGUCUCACAACAAGCUGACGGAAAUCUCACCUCGCGCCUUUGUGGGUCAAGUUGACUUGACCGAAUUGCACGUCCAAUUCAACUUGCUCAAAUCUUUGAAAGACAUUCCCUUUGGAAAUUUCUCAAGCAUAACUUUCGUCAACGUGUCGUACAAUGAAAUUACGGCGAUCCCUAAGAAAACGUUUCCACCCCGAUUGUAUGCAUUGCACACUAUUGACAUGUCAAACAACAAAUUAGAAACGAUCGAGCCUUCGGUCUUCACUGGUUUAGCUGCUUUGAGGAACAUGAACAUGAGUCACAAUAACAUGGAGGCUUUGCGAGCUGCUGCAUUUGGAACAAUUCCCACUUUGCUGGAGUUGGAUAUGAGUUGGAAUCGUAUAUCGCGUCUGGCCCGGUCUGCAUUUCAAAACUUGCCGUCUUUGAGGCAGUUGGAUCUUUCGCACAACGAGAUCAACUCCCUGUUCGGUUUACCGCUCUCCUUGAAUUCCUUGAAACUGGGUCACAACGCAAUAUCCGAAAUCAGGCCACGCUCUUGGCCUGACAUUAAUUCUCUGCUUUACCUGGAAUUGCAGUCCAAUUUCAUCGGUGACACGCUCUCUGGCGGUUCUUUCGCGCAUCUGAACACAUUGAGGGAGUUGAAUUUGGCGAAUAACAGCAUAACGAGUGUUCCGGUAGCAGCUCUGGGAGACCUGAUCAGUGUGCAAAGCGUGAAUCUCGAUGAAAAUGCCAUAGUUUCCUUGGAGAAGCAAAGUUUCGGGAAGCUUUCUGCAGUGUUUGGAAUUCAGCUCGCGUUCAAUGGACUCAAGAGUAUCAGCAACGGCGCUUUCGAUGGACUGUUGACUCUUCAGGCGCUUAAUUUAAGCCAUAAUAGUCUGGAAAAGAUUUCGUUGGAGGCGUUUAGAGGACUGACGUCCCUGGGAUCUUUGGACCUUUCUUACAACAAGAUUUCAGUGAUGGAAAACAAAACGCACGGUCUCUUGGAUCCCCUUCUUUCAAUCAAAUCGUUAAAUCUGAGCCACAAUGGAAUCAGUUUCGUUACCGAGCGCAUGUUUCCGUACCACAAAUGGAUUCCGUACAAGCUCCGUGAUGUCGACUUGAGUUACAAUACUUUACCGGUCAUUACCGAAGAGUUAAUCCAAAGUAUGCAGCACGUUCGACGACUUGACGUGUCUCACAAUAUUUUGAAUGAAAUCCGGAAAGGUGUCCUUCCGAAGUUACCUGCUCUGAGAGAGCUUGACCUGUCUAACAAUGAGUUGACACACUUGGACUCCAACGUUGUUUCUUCCCCAAACAUGACUGAAUUGCGAUUGUUGAAUCUUGCUGACAACAGCUUGAGUGUUAUUCCUGUUUCGGAUAUAUCACUCAUGCCGAACUUGACGGUACUGAAUCUUCAAAACAACAGACUCUCAAAAGUAGGAAAUUUACCGCAUUGUGAUUGCUCGUUGCGACCAUUAUUGCAUUGGUUGAAAACUCUGAACCCUUCGCAACGUUGGCCGUGGACGGAGGUGGUGUGUGACACUCCUGCCGAGACGAACGGUCAGACAGUGGCCAGUUUGGAUGACGAAAAUCUCCCGUGUUUAGUUUCCAGAGACGAAAUUGAUUUCCAGCCAAUUCCGGAUGUUCGAUUCAGGACCAUCCGAAAGUCGGUGAAUGGACUCUAUGUCAAAUGGUACGUCAGCGAACCAUCGGAAGACAUCGGAGAUUUUUUAGUUUCUUUGGAACCAACUGAAGAAAACGAUGAUUCCGAAGUCGCGCAAGCAACCGUGAAUUACCGAGAAAGACAGUAUUUUAUACCUAAGGUUAGUGUUGACCAGCUCAAAAAUCAGAAGGUGUGUAUCCAAGCGUUUGGAAGCAAUGGUAAAAAGAGGAACGGAAGAACGUGUGAAUACGCGUCGAAGGAAUUGAUCCCAGCAGUGAACCUGGGAGAUCCUGAAAAAGCAAUUGAAACUGCUGUGAAGGAGAGUGAAUCUGGGGUUGUACAUGUUGCGGGUGUGGGCAAACGUGUUGAACCCAUUUCUGGGUUCUUGUUGAUUUUAGCGGGCCUUUGGUCCAUUUUACGAUCUUAGGAUUCCUGCUCAAAGCAGUGUGUCUGACUGUGAUGCUUAGAGCUGUAAAUUCGCUUAGCCAAAUGUUUCUUCCAAGCUCUGAAAGCCGUGCUACCAUUUUAAUCUGAGCUGGAAAAUGCUUGUGAUUCUGACAGGUUAAAUUUUGGGUUGUAGUAAUUGGUUAUUUUCAUUUUAACGCCUGAUGUUCUGAUUGCGGGAUCUUCUUUGUUAUCAUGUAGAUGUCGCCUGAAAACGUGCUUGUUACGUUUAAUCGGGUGUGAGUUAGGUUAGGCUGAUUCAGGUUAGUUAUUUUUUAUACCAGGUGAGGAUUAGUUGGGUCAUGUUUGACUGGGCUAUUGGUUGGUGUUCAGGCGACACGUGCAUGACAUUCCAGAACGCAAGGUUGGUCGUUGAAUUGAAAAUUGCCUAAUAAUUGUUCCAGUUGAGAAAUUGGGGAAAAUGGAGGUUAUUUUGUAUGGGGAUUAGAAUCAGGGAUGUCCGAUUCUUCCGUCCGUAUUUUUUUUUUAGGAAAGGAAUUCUUGCCUGUUACUGCGGUGAUCUUUGCUGUAAUGUGAUGGAAAUUGUGCUUUGCUAUUAUUUUUGCAAUUUUGGGAUUUAGGUCACUGGGAAAUUUUAGAUUUUCUUGAUGAAUUCUUUGAUCGAACCGGGUAUGAACACUUGUUUUUUAACCUUUUAUGAGCCAUGCCAUGGAAUGCUUCAGUACAAAGGUAUUCCUGGGAACCUUAUGAUUCGGAGGUUGCAAUCUCAAAUGCGACGGGAAUUGCUCAUGGUUAUAAAUUUGCUCUUGUACGGACA